AUGGAUAUUGUCAACGGUACCACACAGGAGCCUGUUUACCCACGUAUUAUCGAAGCUCUACUUUUGUUGUUGGUUUGUUCUAUAGGAAUAGCAUGCCAUCUAGCCGCAUUUUUCAUAAUGAUUCGUCAUCGUGCGUUUCGGAACUCAUUUGGCCGUCUCGCUGCUUGCUACGCUUUUUCAAGCGCUUCCCUUCUAAUCGUGUUUCUUCUGUGGUCGGUCCCGUGGACUAUUUGGGAUGUACCAGACCAACUGCACUAUUUGAAUCUGAGGAUGGGCCAAUGGACGAUGGGUUUUUACGCGGCAACGAUCCAUUCCAAUUUAUUCAUCUCCAUAAACAGAUUCGUGGCAAUCUGGUUCCCGAUACGAUAUCGCACAGUUUUCACACUUGCCAGGACAUACGCUUUCAUGGCCGUAGUCGCUAUUAUAUUUGCAGCUUACUGGAGCGUAGCUCUAAUAAACGGAUGCGACUUUUUCUACAGUCAUGCUCCGACGUAUUGGGUAUUCGGUAAUGAGCCGUGCGCUCAGUUCCUGUCAUAUUAUAUCGACCUUCAGUAUGACACCUAUGUAGUUGUAGCGGUUGCAGCGAUUGACAUCAUUAUUAUCGUACGGCUAAGAUCGAUAAACCAGAAAAGUGUGUUCCGCAUGAAUGGAGGGCAAAGGGAAGCUGCUACACGGAACAUGAGAGAGUUCAGGUUUUUCAUGCAAGUGAGUUAA